CACAGCUGAUAAGCAAAGUUACAAAUCUAUGAAUGUGUUUUUUAAACUCUUCACUUUUGUGUUAAAAACUAUUUUAUUUCUACGUGUGCUCGACUUCGAUACCUAAAUUCUUGUAGAACACAAUAUAAAGAUAUAGAAUGGAGUAUUCGCCUGAUAUAGUCAUAAAAGAAGAACAAGAAAUGUAUAGUGAUAAUUCUUUAGAUCUGAAGUUUGAAAUACUUACCGAUGUUAAAAUUGAAGAAAUUCAAGUCUACAAUAAUGUAGAAGACGCUGCAGACUCUGGUAGAGUAGUGAGUUACCGAGAAUUAACCGAUACGGGUGAUCAAAUGUGUCUUAGGUGCUACAGAGUACUGCCAAACAGAUAUUCACUUCUAAAACACAAUUUAUCCCAUUUACAUAUAGAUGUAGAGUAUUGUCCGACACAAAAAUACAGAUGCAACUACUGCUCUGCCUUGUACUACUCCGAAAGUGAGCAGAAACACCACUUUUGCAUUGAGAAGCAAGAGAAUCUUCUUCAAAUACGCAAUAACAUAAAGAAAGAGAAGACACAAAAUCAUAUUAAGCAAGAAAACAAACAAAUAUGUAAUGGAGAUCCACCAAAUGGAAUAUUAUACACUCCAACAUGUGGUAUACCAAAGACAAAAGCAUUACACAAGUGUAAUACUUGCGAUCGAAUAUUUACAUACAAAAGGUGGCACGAUCACAUCACUAACACUCAUACAAACGAUACCGAAUCCAUAGACGGGAAAGUUAAAUGCAAUAUAUGUAAUAAAUUAUUCAAGAAACUGUAUAUAAAAAAACAUAUCCAACAUAUACACGAAGGGAAGAAACCGUCAUGGAGAUCCCAUAAGAUCAAGGAGGUUGAUGCUGAAUAUAGUUGUACAUUGUGUAAUUCAAAGUUACAUAAUAGUACAGCAUAUAAAACACACUUGAGGAACUGUCACAACACUGAUAUAGUUGAAUGUAAUAUAUGCAAGUCGAAAUUAAAAAAAUCUAACAUGUUCCAUCAUAUGAGAAGGAAACAUUGCACUGAUGGUGUAGUACACAGAUGUGAGUACUGCAAGAAGGUGUAUCAGGCACUGUAUUAUUUGAAAAUUCAUUUGAAGCAUUGCCGAAAACGAAUUUGAUGUUACAACUAGUUUGGUCGAACUUCUGACCAUUGAAAUGUUUAUGGAGACUAGGACUGUAAUGAAACUGCUUCCUAUGAAACAACAAUACAAUAAAUUACGGCACACUUUAUUGUACUAUACAAAAUCGAAGGGAUUAAAAAAAGUGAGUUUUUGACCGGGGAAUGGUGACCCGGUCAAAAACA